AUGUCUUUUGCGUCACAGCUGGGCGCUUUAACGCGCGAGCUAGUUGAGGUGCUGGCACCUCCGUCUGUUCAAGCAGACUCCUCAAGGCUUGAUAAAAUCAGUGAUGCUUCGUUGAGGAAAUUGAAGUCACAUACCUUUCUACAAACCAAUCAUUUUGAAGUAGAAAAGGUCUUGGACGGUCUUGACGAGCGGUUUCGCAUCAACGACAGGGAUGAUUUAGCGGAUGCGUUACGACAACGGUUGGUGAGGUUAACAAGCCUUCCAUCCAAAUGGCAUCCUGAAAUCUUGCACCUCUUUUUGGAACUAUCUGAUCAACCCACGUUUAAAUCCAGCCUCAGCGACUUGAAGCUGCUAGGACACAGCGAGGCUACACCUACAAUAGCCUUGCGUUGGGAGGAUAUUGCAAAGGAAGACGGCUGGGACGAAGAUGGUUCUCUUUGGCAGAACAUAAAUUACAGCGACGAUUCUGAAGAUGACGUCUAUGAGCAAAAAUUCACUGCCGAACCCCAGGUUACGUUGUAUGGCGACGGGGGCUCCGAGGUACGCACAGCAGCAUGUUACAUAUCCCGCCCUGAAGACACAUAUGCCCUUGAACAGGUGCAGACUGCACAGAAAUGGAGAAUACAGCUACCACCCCAAGACCUAUCAAGACAGACACGGAAAGUAGCCGUUUCCGAAAUCCAGGUUGUACGGGACGUCCUGUUCAUGCUCCAAGGACUCGACUGUACCCUCUUCACUCAAAAUUGCGUGGCAGUCCCAUCUUACCAGCUGGAUAACAUGGAAUGGGAGCCAUACAGAGCCAUCAUGCAGACUUUCACAGAUUUUGGCGGCCACCUUCGAAGACUUCGGUUGUUUGUGGGGCAGCGACAAGAUGUUCCUCAUUUGCAAGCUUUUCAGGAUUGCAUCUCCGAUCGACUGCGCAAGCUGGACUACCACAUAUCCGAACUGCAAACUUGUCUAGUAGCACCCUCAGCAGAUGUUGUGCUGAGCCUUGUCGGCAUCAAGGCCAAGCUGAUACCCUGGCUGCAACCAUUGCAUGCCCUAGCUAGUAUUGUGUCAACGAUCGAGGCUGGGCCCCAAUCCACACCAUUCCGAUAUCUGGAGCUGGUGUUCGACGAGGCUUGCGUCGCGCAGCUCAGCGGAAAGGCAGAACUGUAUGAAUUUCUGGCGCGCAUUUUUUCCGAAUGCUUCAGGGUGUAUCUGCGGCCGAUUCGCCUAUGGAUGGACGAAGGCAAGCUCCUUUCAGCCAGUGAUUUGUUUUUCGUAGCGGAGGUAUCACCCAACACACCGUUGAGGAAAACAUGGCAAGAUCGAUACCAUUUGCGCCGGACGCCAGAAGGAGCAUUACACGCACCGGCUUUUCUUCGAACAGCUUUAGGUAACAUCUACAAUGCCGGAAAGAACAUUAUUGUUCUAAAACUACUCGGAAAACACGACGCAGCAGUCUUCCUAAAAGCCAGAAAUGAACCGUCUCUUGACUACGAAACGAUAUGUCCAGCCGGACAAGAACUCGUCCCAUUUGCAGAGCUAUUCCACACAGCAUUCGACCGCUGGAUCCAAAGCAAGUAUCGCGCAACAUCAACGACACUCAAACGCACCCUUUUUGACGACUGGGCACUCUCAUCAACCCUUGACACUCUUCACGCCAUCUACCUCAUGUCCGACGGCUCAGCAUCAUCCACCUUCUCCGCCAACAUAUUCGCCAAGCUCGACUCCCUACGAGCAGACUGGUCAGACCGGUAUGCGCUAACGGCGGCGGCCCAAGAUAGCUUCACCACCAUUGAUCCUAGUCGUCUGACUGUCACCGUCUCCGAGAACAUGCUCAACCUGCCGCCGAUCCAAUGCCGUAACUUAGUUCGCUCCGUCCUCAGCGGCAUAACUGUCAAUUACCGUCUUCCCUGGCCUCUCCAAAUGAUUUUCAACGACACAAGCAUGCACCACUACCAGUCCCUCUUCACACUCCUGCUGCAAUUCAAACGCGCCACGCACGCGCUUCAGUCUCCGAGAAUGCUGGAUAACUACUGGACAGACCGUGAUAACUGGAACGCUAGUGCCACUUUCUACUCUGCCCGCAGCAAACUCCUCUGGUUCUGCACUACUAUCCAGACAUAUCUCACCACUCUUGUCCUCAUCCCCAUUGACAUCCAGCUACGUCGUGAUCUCGGGGUAUCCCACGACAUGGACGACCUUAUCUCCACCCAUGAGAAAGCCCUCAAGGCAAUGGUUGACCAGGCUUGUCUCGGAAGUAGAUUAACACCUAUCAGAGAAAGCAUUCUUGACAUGCUUGAUCUCUCUCUAAAGCUAGAACGAAUAAGAAGCGGCGUCGUCGAUACGGAGGAAGAGGCCCACGUCGGCAAAUCGUAUGAAGAGGUGUUGACGGACAUCAAAGUAGAAGUAGAUAGACAAGUACGCUUCAUAUGGUCCGGUCUCCGGAGCGUUGCGCGCGCCACAAGCGAUGCCCAGUCCGCCAAAUGGGACAUCCUGGCGGACAUGCUCCAGGCCGGCGACGUCGACACCACCACAUAG